AUGAUAUCUUGUACAAAAACAGAAAAUUUUAUCACUUACACGGGCCCGGUGUCCGCCAAAUUGCUCGAGAAUUCACAUGCAUGGCUCGGUGCCUCCACAUCCUCUAUUGCAGCAGAUAGCUACCAGUACCAACUACAGUCGAUGUGGCAAAAGUGCUGGAACACCAACCAAAGCCUGGUCCACAACCUGCGAUUCCGCGAACGCGGCCCGCUCAAGUCCUGGAGACCUGAGACCAUGGCAGAGGCCAUCUUCUCGGUGUUGAAAGAGGGCCUGUCGCUGUCGCAAGCCGCGAGGAAAUACGAUAUCCCGUAUCCGACGUUCGUGCUGUACGCCAACCGGGUCCAUAACAUGCUAGGACCCAGUGCCGACGGAGGGGCAGAUCUGAGGCCCAAGGGACGCGGGCGUCCUCAACGCAUCUUACUGGGAGUCUGGCCGGACGAGCACAUUCGCGGCGUGAUUCGCGCCGUGGUCUUCCGAGACACGCACGCGCCACACGCUGCCCACCACAUCAAGGAGGAGGUCCUCCCUUACCCUUCUAUCACGGACGGAAUGGGCGUACAGAACGCGUAUGGGGGCGUGCCGUGUGGCAACGGACGCGAAGGCGGGGUUUCACCGAACGCCGCCGCCGCUGCCGCCGUGGCAGCCGUGGCACACGGCCUUCGCCGCCAGAUGUGCAACAUGGUGGUCGCAGCACAGCGGCCGCCCGACCACCCCCGCAUCUCAGCCUGCCACCGCUGCCGCUGCAGUCGCCGCGCUUGCCAUCCCCACUUUCUUCCGGCUUGGAGUCACCGCUGUGCUCCCCCCCCGCCGCCCGGCCAUGCCCUCGAACCGCCGAAGCCGACUGACCCGUUCCGCCCGUUCGCCUCCCCACGUCCAGACAGCCGCUACAGCGAGCGUGACUCGGUCGCCGAUAUCACGGAGAUGGGCCCACCUAAGACACCGUUGGGCAUGGCGAAGAAUAGCAAAGAUCUGACAACGCCACUGCCCGUGAAGAUGGAGCCACCACCUGGAGAGGCACGGGCUGAGAACAUCUGA